UGAUUUUUAUUAGAUAUUUACGCCGAAAGCCUUCCUUUUUAAUAUUUGAUAUCGUUGGUGGUGUGGCUUGUUUCUUCAUGGUGCCAUCUGAGCAUCUUUGGCUGAGGUUGACUGCAGCUAUGAUUGGUAAACUUUGUAUUAGCGGUGCCUUCAUUAUCCUUGCUAUUCAUGCUGCUGAAAUCUUUCCUACUGUGGUUCGAACUGUUGGCUCUGGAACAAGUCUCAUGAUGGGGAGAAUAGGAGCUAUGACUGCUCCUUUCAUAAAAGAAUUAGGUAAUGCUACACAUCCUGCGGUGCCUGCAGUGGUUUACGGUUCACUAUCCAUAGUUGCUGCUAUCCUGAUUGCAUUGCUUCCAGAAACUUAUAAUCAUUGCCUGCCUGAUACGAUAUGUGAAGCUGAACAGUUGGGAAAUGGUUUUGUUGAAGUUGCUCUAGAAGACACUGAUGAAUCAGUAGAAUGGUCAAAGGAGAAAAAGGAAGUAAAACUCAAUGCGUUGGAUAAACCUGAAAAGAUUUAA